AUGCCGUUGCUCAUCGACGAGGCCAUGGGCGCCUUGAAGGACAAGGACAUGACCUACUCGGAGUUGGACGCGGCCGCCGUGUCCAGCAAGGCGGCGGGGGACAUUGACGGGCCCAUCGACGUCGGCACUUUUACCCGCGGUGCUCUGCGGAAGCUGGGCGAGGUGAGGGUGACCAGGUCUCUCUUCGACGUCGUGGAAGAGUUUCCGAUGCCAGAGAAUCUGGGCCAGGUCAUGGAGCAGAUCGCGGGGCAGACGUGCACCGACGUGCCGCCUGCUCUUCGCCCAGGCGCUGAGCUCCCCGAAGGCACCAAAUACUCCGUUGUCGUUGGUGGCAACGGCAACGGCGCCGCCGUCGCCGUCAAGAUCUACGCGUUCCAGAACCAGGUGCCUUUGAAGACCGCGCAGGAGCUCGUGAUCGGGACUGGGUAUGCUCCAAUAGCGAGAAAAGGCCCAUGGCUCCACAAGAAAACCCUGCAGUGGUUGCUUGAUCGCAUCCCUGGCCACCGCGUCGAUUGGGCAAGCGUGGAGGAGAAACAACGGGCGAAACCGACAGACGGCGAAAAGAAGAGAUGGGAGGCCACGGACGAGGAGCUCGAAGAGGGCAUUGACUUCAUCAACAAGCACGCGCCCGCCGUGAACGACAUGAACCAGCAGUGGCUCUUCAUUGAGAAGAACAUCAAGCCGAGCAGCGGGUCCAAGAUUGCGGGGUGGCCGUGGGCUAAAGUUGCUAACGCAGUGCACAACCGAGCGAAGGCAGCAACGGGGUGCGCCAAGGUUGAGCGCUCGUUCCCCCUGUGCGUGUUCGACUUGCACCCGCUGUGGCCAGAAGUGUUGCUUCCGUGCAUCUUCCCGCUCCUAUCGCAGUUUGGACUCCUCUUCUUUGGCUUGCCUGGCAUCGGCAAGACGCCCACUUUCAUCGUGCUCGCCAUGGCCAUGGGCCGCUACACUGCGGCGCGCUCGGGCGCGCGGUGCUUGGCGGAGAAUGAGUUCGAUGAGAAGGGCGAACCGCCCGCGGAUGACCGAACCAUUAUCACCGCGGCCGAGGCUGAGAAGCUGUUCAUGAAGCCGUUCUCGGGGUGGAAGCAGGCGCAUGUCCUCGCGGUGCUCAAGCGCGCCGUCGCGCGCGUCGCUGCGGUGGUCCACCGCAUCAGCUUCGACAACAUCGAGAAGGACUGGUUGCGCGACAAGCAGUACUGGGGCAAUGACAACAAGAAGUACUACAACCUCUACAAGCAGGGCAUGGAGGUGUUCUACGACAACUUCGACGAGCAGUUGCAGAGGGAGCAGGACUUGAUCGACCGUGCCGCGACCGCGCGCGGGGACAAGCUGGCCGACGCCUACAUCGCCGAGUGCAACGAGUCCUUGCAGGCCAAGCUGCUCUCCGUCAUGGAGUUGUCCUCCAGGCUGAGCGCGGCGCCGCCGCGCCCCGAGGCCGAGGCCAGCGACGGGGCCUCCAUGCUCAGCGCGGCGCCGCCUAGCCCCGAGGCCGAGGCCAGCGGCGGGGCGAUCGCUCUCCACGUGCGCCCAGAUGGAGACGGGAGUUACGUGUUCCCGACGGGGCCGCCGGCACCGCGCACCAGCACCAAGCGCAGCCGGUGCCGCAUCGACGGCGUGGGGGCGAGGGAGGUGCGUCCGAGGGGCUCCCCGCCGUCGCUUGUCGAGGGCCAGCCCGACAUCCUGGCCGCGGAGCUGGGGGCGAUGCUCGAGGCCGAGGGCUUGGCCACGCAGCCUGGCGUCGAGGCAAGCCCGCAGGCGUUGUCGCCGAGCAGUCCUCCGCUCUUCCCACCAGUAGGCAUGGGGGAGGAGGAUUGA